AUGAAAACCACUGCGCUGUGUCUUUCGAUGCUGAGCGGACUGGCCAUUGCCUCCAUACAGCCCCAAACAUAUGUCAUACCUACGGGGCAGUUCAAUGGCACUACAGCAGCGGACAGCAUUAUUGGCCUUUCAGCAUUUGAUGGUCCUCAUAUCGCGGUCAACAAUGGGUCGGCUUACCAGUGGUGGUAUUUUGACGCCGUGUCUCAUAACGCAGAUGCCCUCCUCGUCGCGCAGUUCUAUCCGGGGUGGUUUCCCGAGUCGAACGCAGUCCUACUCCAGAUUCUUUGGCCUAACGGAACCUUAUUUCCUUUCACUCCUAUUCCUGUUGGAGACCUUCAGUUGAGCACUGUCGGUGAUGGGUCGCAAGGCGUUGUUGAUGAUGGAGCGAUGACUUGGUUUGGAUCUUCUGACUUGGGAGUUUAUCAUCUCACGCUAGACCUGCCACAAGUUGGUAUUUCGGGAAAGAUUACCAUGCGCUCCCGAGCUCCCGCCCACGUCGCAUGUGGGCUCAACACUCCUGGAGGUUCCUUCAACUUCGCCCCGUAUCUCUCCUGGGCCAACACCAUCCCAGAUUCGCACGCCACCGUCAACUUAACCAUCAACGGAACUGAUGUCUCUUUCUCUGGCUCUGGAUAUCAUGAUCAGAUAUUUCUCUAA